AUGCCGUCGAAUUCCAAACCUAGCCCACCUUCGGGCGAUGGAGGCCAAGAAAAGCAAAAGAUGCUUCUCUCGUCCGAACAUGGUCAUUUCAGUCUGGUGAAAGCUCUCCACCUUGCCGAUCUAGUGACUGAGCUUAACGUCAUGUCCAUCUUCUCAUCUAUGCGCUACUGCCUUGGGGACCCUUCAGACUACGGAGCUCUCUGGGCUGCUCUUGCGUUCAUGCCAUUCGGCCUGUUCUUUGACUUCAUGGAUGGUAAAAUUGCUCGGUGGCGCAAGAAGUCGUCUCUGAUGGGACAGGAGCUUGACUCGCUCGCGGAUCUGAUCUCCUUCGGUGUCUCUCCCGCUGUUGCUGCCUUUGCCCUCGGUAUCCGUACGAACGUCGACCACGUUCUCCUCACCGUUUUUGUUCUGUGCGGUCUGACCCGCUUAGCUCGAUUCAACGUCACUGUAGCCGUUCUUCCCAAGGACAACACUGGCAAGUCCAAGUACUUCGAGGGAACACCCAUCCCUACUACCUUGGGUAUUGCCGCUCUCAUGGCCUACUGGGUUUCCCAGGGCUGGACUCAUGCAAACAUUCCCCUUGGUCUUGUCGCAGAGGGUACCAUUUUCGAGUUCCAUCCCGUCGCUCUGAUGUUCAUUUUGCACGGUUGUUUAAUGAUUAGCAAGACCAUUCACAUUCCCAAGCCGUGA